AUGGCAGCAACCAGUGUCAACGGUGUAAAGAUUAUAUCGGGCAAACAAGAGGCCAAAGCGCGCGAGUUUGUGCGCACAUCCCUCAAAAAUACAGAACUUUCUCUAAAUUAUAGACUGGUGGAAACCACACAUCCGACUACGAAGUAUAGAAUGGUAGCAGUGAGCAUACAAUUUAUGGCUACGCAGACACUUGCUGAUUUCAGCCCUCUGAAGUAUAGUCGCAGAGCCACUUCAUUUAGCUUCACCCACAAGAUUCCCACUGCAUUCAUAGAGCUGCACAAUUACGUCACGCAGGACGAUACACCAAGAAAAGAGGUGAGAGCUGCCUUUAAGGCACAGCUCACAUUCGUGAAUGCAAAACUACGACAGGAAAUUUUGGGGGGGCGCGAGUCCAUGCGAGCUACAAUGAGUGUACAGUUACCAUUCAAAGUUAUUACUUUACCAAAAUGUUUGGACAUACAAAUACUUCUGAACCCAAAGAAAGAGGAAAUCGGCCUGGUUAUCACAUUCACAGAAGUCGCAGUGGAGAAGGUCGAACAGGCCGACAGGCUUACAUCAACUCUCACCCGGCAACACUGA